AUGAAAUCAAGCUGGAAUACAGCAAAUAGCGAUAUUUGAGAUUUUAAAAAGCUAAAAGGUAACACGCAUCCUGGGAAACGAUUCUAUAAUCGCAUGAACCAAGUAAACAAAAGGGGUGUCUUUAGAUUCUCCCGAACAGGACAGGAUUUUCAAAAUGAUACGAGGGAUUUGAUCAAGAAUAGUGAUUAUUUUAUAAGACUUUAGUUCAAAGAAAUAAUAAAAAUGCAAGCUUUGUUGAUUCUUUGAUAUCUACUCAAAUCUCAAGUAAGCUAUCUCAAUAUUGAAAUAUAGAUGCUCUCAGUAAGCAAUUCAUGAUGUUUUAACUGAUAGCUGGUCUUAAGUGAUGGAUUCCAGAAUUUUAUAAAUAGUUUUGAUGAAGAGAAAGAUAAGAAAACAAAUAAAAGAAGAAGGAAUAAAUCAAGGACCAAAAGUUAUGUGAAAAAGAGAUGGGAUUCAUCUCCCUACAAAAACCAAACAUUCAGCAACAUGACUUUCUUGAAUAGCACAUCAUCAUUCGACCUCCUCGACACUCAAAAAAUGUCAAAAUCCCACCCCAAAACUUCCAUCUCAAUUCCCCGUCCUAAGACCUCUAAAACCCCAUUUAACGCCCAAAAAGGGUCAAUUCCCACCUCUAAACCCUCCAAAAACAACCGCUAUCACACCCCCAACCCUCUUUCUCCCCUGCACACACUUUCUCCAAAAUCCCCGAAAUCUCCAAAAUCCCCUAGACCUCCUAAAUCCCCGACUCUUUCGACCAAAACCCAGUCAAAAUCCUUCAAAUCUCCAAAAUCUCCCAAAUAUUACAGAAGAACAAAAACUCGCUUGCCUAAAUUUCCCUUUCAAUUAUUCUAAAAAA